AUGCAGAUAUGCAAAACGUGGCUGAACAAUGUUCUCGUGCCUGAGAACCGAGGAGGUGGGUGCUGUGUUGGAGGGCAGCACUGUGGAGCUUCUGCUCCCGAACAGCAGCCGCAGCCUCGCCCCUAUCAAGGUGUCCGUGUCAAAGAGCCAGUGAAGGAACUAUUGAAAAGGAAACGGGGAAAUGUUCAUAAUGCCAGUGCAACGGCAGCUACAACGGUUGUCUUGCCCCAUCAGCCACUUCCUUCCUAUUCACCAAUGGGCCAGCCUUGCAUUGAUAUGGACGUUGCUGCCUCUGCAUUGCCUGUCGCAGAUGAAGGAGCGCUCUGUUCUGGCUGGAUCUCCCAGCCCUCUCCCACAUCCUUACAGCCCUUAACUCAGUGGACCACUUACCCUGAUUAUGUGUCCCACGAAGCCGCCAACUGUCCCUACACAGCAGAUAUGUACGUCCAGCCGAUGUGUCCCAGUUACACGCUGGUGGGACCGUCAUCUGUUCUGACUUACACUUCUCAACCGCUGAUCACCAAUUUUGCACCCCGAAGCACCACCCCCGCUGUCGUGCCCCAGCUCGAGGUGACAGACCAGCAGCCACCUCUCACAUACUUCCCAUGGGCGCAGCCCCUCUCCGCACUUCCAGCCUCCACUUUGCAGUACCAGCCAGCUUCUUCCACGCUUCCCGGGCCACAGUUUGUACCCUUGCCCAUCUCCAUCCCUGAACCGGCCCCCCAGGAGCUGGAGGAUGCCAGACGAGUCAUCGGCACGCUGCCCAUUGAGAAGCUGCUUCUAGAAGACGAAGACAAUGAUACGUAUGUUUUAAACCAUGCUCUUUCUGUUGAAGGGCUUUAAGGUGCACACCUGGGGCCUGAUCCUCACCUACUCAAUACUUCACCUUGGCACCACAGUGAGUUUUGAGUACAGAGGAAA